AUGACAUUAACCUUGGGAUUGGACGAUCACAAACGAGUGGCAUUGACUUGGAUAUCUCAUCCGCAUGAUUGGCUCAGUACUCCCACGAGCAGCACGACCUCCUCUCCCCGAAACGAACCCAGCUGCAGGAAGCUCCAUGGGCUCUCUUUUGAAGAAAUAUUGAGCUCUGGAGCAUUCAUGAACGCGCCGGCAGCUUUCCUGGUGGAAAAUCAGGUAAAGAUUCGAUCAUAG